UGGUCAGUAAUCCAGAAUCUGUCCUCAGACCUGUUCCAGAGUCUCAGGAGCGCGGUGGAGGAUGCCAGCCUUAACAAGAACCUGAGGCAGGGCACGGCCCUCCUCCCCAGACAAGGCCUCCAGGUGUCCUCGUCCUUCCUGGACCUGGUUCAGACCAAGUAUGGAGGGAACGCUCAGAGUCUGGCCUACACGUCACCAUUGGAAGCGGCCAGCACCAUCAACCUGUUGGCUCAGGAAUGGACCGGAGACACCGUCAGGGAGCUGGUGACCGACUUGGACCCCCAGACCCAGCUGCUGAUUGCCACUGCUGCUGCUUACCAGGUUACGUUCAGUCCGUCCUUUAACGAGUCCCUCACCCAGGACGAGCGGUUCUACGUGAACAAGUACCGCGUGGUGAUGGUUCCCAUGAUGUUCCGGGCAGAUAAGUUCUUCCUGGCCUACGACCUCGGGCUGAAGGCUGGCAUCCUGAAGCUGCCGAUGGCCGGCGGGGCGGCCAUGUUGGUGGUCCUGCCCGAUGAAGACGUGGACAUCACUUCAGUGGAGGAGGCAGUGACCGGAGACCAGAUCCAGACCUGGAUCAGACAGCUGAAGAAGACGAAGUUGGAGGUGCAGCUUCCUCGCUUCCUGUUGGAACGCUCUUACUCUCUGCGUGACGUCCUGCAGACUCUCAACAUCACUCAGGUGUUCCAGGAGGAGGCCGACCUGAGCAACAUGGGGGAGGGCGAAGCUGUGAAACUCACCCAGGUGAGUCUCUGGGGGGAGGGCGAAGCUGUGAAACUCACACAG